AUGACCUCCCCGUGGCCCUUUGCUGUGUGGGGGAUAGAUUUAAUUGGAUCUCUACCACAAGCAAAGGGUGGAGUUAAAUAUGCAGUAGUCGCAGUAGACUGCUUCACAAAGUGGGCUGAGGCGAAACCUUUGGCCACCAUAACUUCAAAAAAGGUACUCGACUUCGUCGUGAAGAGCAUUGUAUGUCGCUAUGGAGUUCCACAAAUAAUAGUAUCAGAUAAUGGAAAACAAUUGAAUAGUGAUUUAUUUACAGAGUUUUGUAAGAAGAAUGGUAUAGUCAAGAGUUUUGCUUCAGUAGCUCACCCACAAGCUAAUGGACAAGUUGAGGUUGUAAACAUAACAUUGAAGACUACGUUAAAGAAGCGCCUAGAGGCUGCCAAAGGAAGAUGGUCGAAGGAGCUCCCACAAGUACCCUGGUCCUAUAGGACCUCACACAGAACCACACAGGGCAUACUCCCUUCUCACUCACCUAUGGGAGUGAAGCCAUGCUCCCAGUUGAGACCCAAGUCACCUCACACCGAAAUCAAUACUAUGAACAACAUCGUAACCACCUACUCCUAG